AUGCAUGCAGCGGGCUUCAUCAGCAUCGACUGCGGCAUCGCCGAGAACUGGAGCUACCCGGACUCCUCCUCGGGGGGCCUCCCCUACGUCUCCGACGCCCGCUUCGUCGACGCCGGGGAGGGGCUCAACGCCGUCGUGCGCCCGCCGUACGUCGACCAGGGACUGGCCGACCGGUACCGCAACGUCCGCUACUUCCCCGGCGCCGGCGCCACGCGCAGCUGCUACACGCUCCGGCCGGUCGCGCCGGGCGGCAGGAACCUCGUCCGGGCCACCUUCUACUACGGCAACUACGACGGCCUCAACGCGGCCCCCACCUUCGACCUCCACCUCGGCGUCAAUCACUGGGCCACCGUCAAGGUCACCUCCGUCAACAGAGUGUACAUCUUUGAGGCGGUGGCUGUGUCGCCGGCCGACUCCAUGCAGGUAUGCUUGGUCAAUACAGGGUUGGGUACACCGUUCAUCUCUGGCCUUGACCUCAGGCCGCUCAGAGCGACCAUGUACCCGGAGGCCACUGUCAACCAGUCGCUGCUUUUGCUCAGUCUUUCCCGCCCAUCAGCCAAUUUCGGUUUCAAUCGGUACCAGUUCUGGCCAGAAUCUCAACCAUUCAGGUACCCCUCUGAUCCGUACGACCGCCUCUGGCAAAGGUACGGCAACAAUGCAGCAUGGACCAACAUAACAACCACAGAGAAUGUGGACAUCUCAAACACUACUACUAGCUUCGACAAGCCAACGGGGAUACUGGGGAGCUCUGUCACUCCGGUGAAUGGAACCCGGAUCGACUUCUCAUGGAGCUCAGACCCCGCCCUGGAUGAUGGCAACUCAACUUACCUUCUGCUUCUCUACUUCGCCGAGUUAAGGAGGGUGCCAAGCAAUGGGCUGAGGCAGUUUGAUGUUCUUAUCGACGACUCUGUAUGGAAUGGCAGCCAGGGCUUCACCCCCAAGUACCUUUCUGCAGAGGUGGUGAAAAGGAUGGUGCAGGGUUCAGGCCAGCAUACUGUCUCGCUUGUGGCCACACCGGAGGCCACACUUCCACCCAUCCUGAAUGCGUUCGAGAUAUAUUCAGUAAAGCCGGUGACUGAGCUUGGGACCAAUGAUGCAGAUGCUAAGGCUAUGAUGAUGAUCCGCGCAACGUAUGCGCUAGAGAAAAAUUGGAUGGGCGAUCCUUGUGCACCGAAAGCAUUUGCAUGGGAUGGCUUGAACUGCAGUUAUCCAUCAUCUGGUCCUGCAUGGAUAACAGCUCUGCGUCUAUCAUCAAGUGGGUUGACUGGUGCAGUUGAGUCUUCUUUUGGGGAUCUAAAAUCCCUCGAAUACCUGGAUCUGUCAAAUAAUAGCCUAUCUGGUCCAGUGCCAGAUUUUCUAGCGCAACUGCCAUCACUGAAAUUCCUUGACUUGUCAAGCAACAAACUCAGUGGACGGGUACCUGCUGAUCUACUAGAAAGGCAUCAAAAUGGAUCUCUUGUAUUGAGGACUGGUAACAACGCAGAUCUGUGUGAUAAUGAUGCUUCGACCUGUGAGCUAGAGAAGAAAAGCAACAAAACACUUGUUAUUGCAACCGUGGUUCCAAUAGUAGUAGUAGCAACUCUACUGUUUGUGGCAGCAUUUCUUAUCCUCCGUAGAAUGAGAAAUAGCCAAGACAAAUGGAUGGCAACCAACUCAAGGCUUAAUAGUCGAGAAGACAGAUCAAACAUAUUUGAGAACAGAAAGUUCACCUACAAGGAGCUAAAAGUUAUGACUGCUAACUUCAGAGAAGAAAUAGGGCGAGGAGGUUUUGGUGCUGUCUUCCUAGGAUAUUUGGAGAACCAAAGUCCAGUUGCUGUCAAGAUGCGUUCAAAAACCUCCUCUCAAGGGGAUAAAGAGUUUUUAGCUGAGGCUCAGCAUUUGACCAGAGUUCAUCACAAGAACUUGGUUUCCUUGAUCGGAUAUUGCAAGGACAAGAAACACAUGGCCCUUGUCUAUGAAUACAUGCAUGGAGGAAAUCUAGAGGACCGUAUAAGGGGAGAGGCCUCUGCUGCUACACCCCUCACUUGGCAUCAACGUCUAAAGAUCGCGCUCGACUCCGCCCAAGGAUUGGAGUACCUACACAAAUCAUGCCAGCCUCCACUGAUCCAUCGAGAUGUAAAGACGAAGAACAUUCUGCUAUCUGCUGACCUUGAGGCGAAGAUAGCUGACUUUGGGCUCAUGAAGGCGUUUGCCGACGAGUUCAAGACCCAUGUCACCACCAUGCCGGCAGGUACCCUGGGGUAUCUAGAUCCUGAAUACUACAACACGUCCCAGCUCAGUGAGAAGAGCGACGUGUACAGCUUCGGAGUUGUUCUUCUGGAACUUAUCACGGGCCAGCCACCAGCAGUCCCCGUAAGCGACACCGAGAGCAUCCAUGUCGCGCUAUGGGUGCGCCAGAAGCUCUCCGAGGGUGACAUUGCAAGCAUUGCUGACCCAAGGAUGCGAGGGGAGUACGAUGUCAACUCUGUCUGGAAAGUUGCAGAGUUGGCACUGAAGUGCAAAGAACAGCCAUCGAGGGAGCGACCUGCAAUGGCUGACAUUGUAGCAGAGGUCAAGGAGAGCUUGGAGCUGCAGGUGUCCUAUGCAAUGGGCUACUACAGCUCAGCCCCGAGCAGCGCGCUCAACCUCAGUGCAACAAGUGUUGACUUGCAUAGCGAUGCCCAACUAAGUGAUCACCCGGGAAAGGAAGCUUUGCCUGAGUUGCAGCAGGUAGGCAUUGCAUCAGCAACUCAUAUAGGUCCUGCACCAAGAUGAGACCAACCGAUCAACUUUUGUAUGUUUUAGUCUCGGUUUUGUAUUUUGUUUUUUUUUGCGAGGAAAGUCUAGGUUUUGUAUAUAAGCCGAGGAUUCAUCAUAAAUUUAUGUAUUCUGUAAUUUGAGUUAUAAGCAAGUAAAUAA